CUCUAAUGCCAUCUAAUCUUUUCUUAGACACAAACGAUUUCUCGUGUCCGCCCAAGGUGUACAAAAAGCGGAAGUCACUGUGGGCUAUAAUAUACCCCAUUUUCACUAUUUUAAUACCGAGCAAGGUACUGAGCAUAUGUGGAAUGAAAACAAAGGAGGUGCGCAACGCAUGGAGAGAAAAGGUGGCGCUCGUAUCGAUCAUAUUCCUGCUAUGCAUGCUGCUCGGCUUUCUCACGUUCGGUAUGAAUAUCGUGGUGUGCAAGGGCUCGAACCAGUACAUCUACGGGCGGCUGCCUGAGUUCCCUGCUCCUGUGGUGAUCGGGAAUGGCGAGAUUUACUACUCCGACGAAUAUGAAGGCCUCAUUCACAACCUGAAGACAAUCAAAUCGAGCGCAUGCAAAAGGCGGUUCGGUGAGAGCAUCACGGACAGCGGCAUUGAUCCCGAUGAUCUGAUCAAGAUCGCGGACAUUUACUUCAACUUCAACGACAUCAAACAGCUCAAACUAAUUCUCAUCAAUGACCGGGUGUAUGACCCAUCAAUCGUGAAUCACAGUUUCUACGACGAGUUCAUCGCAAAGUACGCGGGCAAGAUGGCCGAUGAUAACAAUCUUGAUUCACUGGCAUUGCAGUGCUUCAAGGACAGCUGCUACUUCGGCAAGCUGGGUGGUAAGACCUACGGAUGCCUGGUGGCAGACAUCCUGCUAUAUCUGUCCACAGUGAUCAUUUUCAGCCUGAUCAUAAUCAAAUUUGUGCUGUCCAUUGUUUACUCGUGGCUGAUCCGCAAGAAAAGGGUAGCGGCGGAGAACCUGCCAUGCAUUAUGCUGGUCACAUGCUACUCCGAGGACAGGGAGGGCAUCAAAAAGACCCUUGACUCGCUAUGCAACCAGAAUUACAGCGAGAAGGUCAUCCUUGUGAUUGCUGAUGGGCUGGUGAAGGGCAGUGGAAGCGAAACGACCACUCCGGACAUCAUCAUCGAACUGAUGAGCGUGGACAAGAGGCGCGAGGCCACCGAUUACAAGUCGCUCAACGGCACACUCAAUAGGGGCGUGGUGUACAGCGGAACGUACAGUAGUGACACGAACACGUGCAAAAUGGUGGUCAUUGUGAAGGUGGGAAGGGAGGACGAGCGCUCCAAGCCGGGCAACCGAGGAAAGAGAGACUCGCAGGUGAUUAUCAUGGGCUUUUUCCAGAAAUUGCUGUACCAGGAGCGUAUGACCGAUCUUGACUUUGAGAUCUACGAGGCGUUCAAAGAGGCGAUGGACAUGGAGCCCGCAUGUUUUGAGAUGAUCAUGAUGGUGGACGCCGACACGAUUGUGCACCCCGAUGCACUGCACCACUUCAAUAGCGCGUUCGUGAACGAUACCAAGAUCAUGGGCAUGUGUGGCGAGACCAAGAUCAUCAACAAGGGAGUGAGCUGGGUCACAAUGAUACAGGUGUUUGAGUACUACAUCAGUCACCAUCUGACGAAGGCGUUUGAGAGCAUUUUUGGUGGUGUUACGUGCCUGCCCGGCUGUUUCUGCAUUUACCGGAUAAAAAUCAAGGAGGACGAUAAGUACGUGCCCAUUCUUGCAAACUCCUUCGUUCUUAAUCCGUAUUCCGUAACACGCACGGAGACUCUGCACGAGAAGAAUCUGCUGUUGCUUGGUGAGGACCGCUAUCUCACCACUCUGCUCUUAAAGACAUUCUACAGGCGCAAGCUCAUCUUUCUGCCUGCUGCCACAUGUCGGACAUAUGUGCCGGACACAUUCCCGGUGCUGCUCAGUCAGCGCAGGCGAUGGAUCAACAGCACGGUGCAUAACCUGAUGGAGCUUGUGUCGGUGAAUGCGCUGUGCGGCACGUUCUGCUGCUCAAUGCAGUUUGCCGUAGGUGUUGAACUGGCGGGCACCCUCGUGCUGCCCGUGUCAAUCAUCUUUACGUUCGUGCUCAUUGCCGUUUCCAUACUCAUCAAGCCGGCAUGGAUCCCUCUCAUCAUGCUUGCUUGCAUAUUUGGUCUGCCUGUUGUUCUCAUUCUCAUUACUUCCUUUAAGCUGCAGUACAUCUUCUGGCUGCUCAUUUACAUCCUAAGCUUGCCGGUUUGGAACCUGGUGCUGCCCGUCUAUGCAUUCUGGCAUUUUGAUGACUUCAGCUGGGGCGAAACGCGCAAGGUUGACAACGAUGUUGGUGCACAUGACACGGUAGAACAGCCCACCACACAUCACUUCAGGUUGUACACUCUUGAAGAGCGUAAAUACGCGAAGAAAAGGGGCAAGUUGCCUGAAAACAUCGAUGAUGAGCUGAUAGAGAAACAGAUUAAAAGCACGAUGGGAAGUAUCAGUGAGAAUUGAUGGCCCAUGUAAUUAAAUAGUGUAAAUGCACA